GCCUCCUCAGUUCCAUCUCAACCCCACUCCGCCCACAACCUCGAGCUCCCACACACUCAUUCUGGAGCUCUGGUUCUUCCCAACCUUCCUUCCAUUCAUUCCCCCUCUAAUUUCUCCUCCGCAAUGAAGUUUCUCGGAGGGCUCGCGGCGGUGCUGGCGGUAGUCGCCGCGGCUGACGACACAGCGAUUCUGUACAAGGAGAUUGCGAGAAAUGCGAACCAGAGCUUGCUUUGGGGCCCAUAUCGCCCGAAUCUGUAUUUUGGCGUCCGGCCGAGGAUUCCUAAGAGCUUGAUGGGUGGCCUCAUGUGGUCGAAGGUGGAGAAUUUCCAGGAUGUGCAGAAUAAUUUCAGACAUACUUGUGAACAAGGGGAUGGCAUGAAAGGCUAUGGUUGGGACGAAUUCGAUGCCAGGAGCGGCGGGGUGCAGACUAUCUACGACGAGGGCAAUGGCAUCGAUGUCAGGACCAUGUUCGUUAAGAUCCCUGGUGGAAGUAACGGAGGUAGCUGGGCUGCGCGAAUAAGGGGUACGGCGAGGAAAGAUGCGCCGCCGGAUUUGAAGACUACCGUUGUGUUUUACGCUUCGUUGGAGGGGUUGGGAGCUCUGGAGGUCGAGAAUGUGGAGCCUGUGGGAUAUGAGGGCGAUGUUACGUUGAAGGGGGAAAGUGAUGGGCUGGGAGAGUAUAAGUUGGUGGUUACAGGGGGAAGAGGCUACCAUCCUAAGAACUCACAUGCGGCGUAUGAGGAGAAACCGCUGGAUCGGACGUUUGUGAACUCCCUCACGGCGCCGGAUCAGAUCCUUUGGCAGACGAAGCCAAUUCUGUUCAAGAUGUUGAAGGAAUCGGUCGACAAGUAUGUUGAGAAGUAUGGGGAAGAGAAUGUACCUCCACCUUCCCAGGUGUACACCAUUAACCACAAUCCUGGACCUGGAAAUAUCCACAUGAUCCAGAAAGUGUUCGAGGGAAACUUCGAAUUCGAUGUCAUCUUCAAUAGUGGAUCUUCUGGAAAGGAGUACUUCAGUUCAGAUGUGAGCAAGUUCAUUGAGAAUACCUCCAAGGGAUUCUUCGAACGCUUUAUUGCUACAUUUGAUCCAAAGCCUCCGUUUGACGUCGAGAAGCUGCAGAGAUUUGGCACGAACCUGUUUUCGAAUCUGCUUGGAGGUUUGGGAUAUUUCUAUGGUGAUUCAGUGGUUGAUCGAUCAUAUGCUCCGGAGUAUGAUGAGGAGAAUGAAGGAUUCUGGGAAGAGACACAGGCCGCUAGGGAGAAGCACCAGGAGCAGUUGGAAGGCCCUUCCGAGCUCUUUACCACCAUCCCGUCGAGAUCGUUCUUUCCUCGAGGUUUCUAUUGGGAUGAAGGAUUCCACCUCAUUCCAAUUGCUGAUUGGGACAUGGAUCUUGCGCUCGAAGUUGUCAAAAGUUGGUUCAAUCUUAUGGAUGCGGAUGGAUGGAUUGGACGUGAACAGAUUCUUGGUGCCGAAGCACGCAGCAAGGUGCCGCAAGAAUUCCAGACGCAGUAUCCUCACUACGCCAACCCGCCUACUCUAUUCUUCAUCAUCGACGCCUUGAUCACCAAGAUUGGUGCGUUGAAUGGAACCACUCCUCCAGUAAAGGAAUCCUUGGGCCAGAAGCCAACUCCUGUGCAUCUGAAAAAUCCAGAUUUAGCGCUUCACUACCUCCGAGAACUUUAUCCCAAGCUGAAGGCACACUAUCAUUGGUUCCGCCGAACUCAAGCUGGAGACCUGAAAUCCUACGACCGCGAUGCUUUCAGCUCCAAGGAAGGAUACAGAUGGCGUGGACGAACCCCCCAGCACAUUCUGACCUCUGGUCUCGACGACUAUCCGCGUCCUCAACCCCCUCAUCCGGGAGAGCUGCACGUCGACCUCAUGUCCUGGAUGGGCAUGAUGACCAAAUCCCUCAAGAACAUUGCCACCCUCCUCCAGAUGGAUGACGACGUCGCCGAGCUAACUACCAUUGAGACCGCCAUCCUGCGCAACAUCGACGACCUGCACUGGAGCGAGAAAGAAAAGUGCUACUGCGACGCCACAAUCGACGACUUCGAAGAGAACGCCCUCGUCUGCCACAAGGGCUACAUUUCUCUCUUCCCUUUCUUAACGGGACUACUUGAACCAAAGAGCGAGAAGUUGGGCCAUAUACUUACUUUAUUGGGUGAUGAAGAGGAGCUGUGGAGUGAGUUUGGGUUGAGGAGUUUGAGCAAGAAGGAUGAGUUUUAUGGGACGGCGGAGAAUUAUUGGAGGGGUCCUGUGUGGAUGAAUAUGAACUAUCUUGCUGUUGCGCAGUUACUCAAAUACGCACAAACUCCCGGCCCCUACCAAGAAAAAUCCAAAGAUCUCUACUCAAGACUGAGAUUGAACCUCAUCAGAACAGUCUUUGAUUCAUGGCAAGAGACAGGCUUUGCAUGGGAGCAGUAUAACCCUGAAACGGGCAAGGGGCAAAGGACGCAGCAUUUCACGGGCUGGACGAGUCUCGUGGUCAAGAUCAUGGGGAUGCCAGAUUUGAGUGGUGGGAAGUGGGAGGUUGGGCAUGAUGAGCUGUGAGUUUACGAAAAGAAAGAGACAGAUCUGAAAGCUUGUGGUAUAUAAAAUUCCUGGCCGGAUGUUUGGAAAUAUUUCCAAUGUGUUAUAUACAUCAGGGAAACGGAAGGAAAAGUUUGCUCCUGUCUUUUGGAGGUUGUGUAACGUGAGGGCUUUUGUUGCACGUCGUGAAGACCUGUUGUAACACACGGAGAUGCGGGAGGCGUUCGUUUGGGACGCCUUUGCCGGCGACCUGUAGUUCAGGCGUUUUUCUUUGAUGUUUUGUCCCUCUGCUGAAAUCAGAGGAAGUAUCUUGGACGGUGAGACCGAGAGAUAUAUUUCCAUCCAGUCAUGACCGAGGUUAGAGCCAAGAUGAAGAUGCAGCAGAAUCUCUCGUGACCGUGGGCAAACCGUUCCUCAUUAGCCCUUCGAGAAGCAACUGGUGCAAGAAGCGAGGUCCCGAAAUAGAAAG